UUGUGGAUUAACCUCUAAUCGAUGAGAUUCCGAAAAGCGGCAAAUAUAUAAUAGUAAUUCACAUUUCAGAUUUCCAAAAGAAGAAAGAAAAAAAAAACAGACAAAAAUGCAAUGUUAGCAAUCAACGCGACGACCUUUUAACGGAUUUGAUAUUUAUUUCAAGAAUACAUCAAACUAUUAAAAACAAUACCAUCAUCCACAACAACAAUAACAACAUUCACAACAGUAAAAGCAAUAAGAACAGUUAAUCAGUAACUUGCAAACUUAAACGGUCAGCCAAUAUAAAUACAGUGCUUUUAUCAAGAAAUGGCUCAUUACUGUACGACGCGACAAGCGAUUUGGCCGUGCAUUAUCAUGCUUUUGGUUGGCUGUUUUUGUUUAUUUUUGGCAUUUGGUGCGGUUGAUUUGGCACCACAGCAACACCGUCAAUCACAAGCCGAUCAAACAAAGGAAAUUCUUUUGGUUAAUGUGUUGAUGAGACAUGGUCCCCGUACACCCGCCGAUACAUACCCGAAAGAUCCACAUAUUAAUGAAACAUUUGCACCAUUCGGUUGGGGACACAUAACAAACAAAGGUAAACAAGAUCUUUAUGAGACGGGUCAAUGGUUACGUUCACGGUAUGGCAACUUUCUCGGAUCAACAUAUCAACCUGAUGCAGUUUGGGCUCAAUCAACAGGCGUUACACGUGCCCAAAUGUCAUUACAAGUCAUCUUGGCUGCUUUAUUUCCUCCACAAGGAACGGCAAUGGAAUGGAAUCGACGACUAAAUUGGCAACCAAUUCCCAUUUUUUCCGAACCACUCGAACAAGAUACGCUAUUACUAGUUCGAACACCGUGCCCCCGAUAUUAUGAAGCCGUUGAAGAAGUUUUAGCGUCAGACGAUGUUAAAAAGGUGCUCGAUGAAAAUGCAAACCUGUUCGAAGAGCUUACAAAAUACACCGGUAUGGCAAUCAAAACACCAGAUGAUGUUCAAUCAUUAUAUAGUACACUUCGUGCCGAACACGAAUAUGGUUUGUCUUUACCGAAAUGGACACAAGACUAUUACCCAGAUAAACUGGAAAAUAUUACCGAUUUGAGUUACAUUUAUAACAUUUACACCAAUGAAUUGAAACAAUUGAAAGCUGGACCAUUUAUACAAAAGUUGAUCAAUGAAUUUCAACAUAAACAAGAUGGUACAUUGAAACCAAAAGAUUUAAAAAUUUCACUAUACACCGGUCACGAUUCGUCAGUGGUGAAUGUUUUAUCGGGUUUUAAUGUGUGGGAAAAACAAUUUCCAGUCUAUGGUAUUAUGGCCAUAUUUGAAUUGGUACGCGAUAAGAAAUCCGGUGAAGUUGGUGUUCAGAUGUAUUUACGAAAAAGUGCCACAAGUGGCGCAAUACCAUUAAUCAUUCCAGGAUGUCAACACUUUUGUCCACUUUCAACAUUUAUUGAACUUGGUGAAAAAGUCAUUCCGAAAGAUCGUGCUGCAGCGUGUGUGCCAAGAAAUAAAGAUUUUGUCACGCCUCCGCCAUCCGGACCAUAAUAAUAUUCUACUAUGUAAAAAAUAAAGGAUUUCAAAUGAA